AUGGCAACCAGCGGCCUCACCGAUCUGACCGGGUCGCGGGCCGGGCUCCGGAAUAAAGCGACAACUUCAGGAAACUUCCUCCCGUGGCCACGUUGCCCGCCCCCUGCCCGCCCCCUGCCCGCCCCCUGGUUCGGUGCUCCGCGCGGACGCAGUCAGCGCCGAUCCGGGCGCCGGGCCCCCGGGGCCGUGCGAGAGGCGGCAUCUGGCGGGGCCGAACCACCUCUCUCGCCUCCACCGCCCCGGCGCCUAAUCCGGGGACUCUCGGUCCCUCCAGGGGACGCCGGGCCCGGGCGCGCCCUCGGCUCCGCGCCCAGCGGGCUAGCAAACUUUGCGGGUCCCGCGGCCCGGCGCGCCGCCCCGCGAGCCCAUGUCCGCUCCGGCUGCGGGGCGGCGGGGACGUCUGCUGGGCUCGGCGACCAGGGCUUGUCGCCGGCGCCCGGGCGCGGAGCCUCCUGCUGGCCCGAGGCUGGAGCCGGGCGGCUCUGCCCUCCGCCGCUCCCCGGCCGGAGCUCGGCGAGGCGCGCGGAGAGCCUGGCGGGCGGCCCCGGCUCCGGGGGCGCGGCGCCUCCUCGGACGCCCGGCGCGCGCCGACCUCCCGGGCAGGAGAAGCAGCGGCCGCCGCGCCCGCCCCAGCGCCUCGGCCGCCUCGGCCGCUCGCUCGCAGAACCCGCCGCCCUCGGCUUCCCGGGCUCGGCGUCCGGAGAGCCACUCCUGCCUGAGCCGAGCGGGAGCUGCGCGGGCCGCGUGAGCCGGGGACGAGCGCGGCGGAGGCGGAGACGGAGACGCGGCGAGGGGGGCCGAGCGCUACCCCGUGGCCGCGACUGAAGAGCAGCCUGCGCCCUGGGAGGGGGGGCGGGCGGCGGCGGCUCCGAGCCAGGCCCGGGAGCGAGCCCCGUGGAAACACGAGCCGUUUGCGCGGCUGCGGGCGCCCAGCCUCUCCGGGAGCCGCGGGAGAGCAGCAGUGCCAACCUAGAACCUGGCCGGGGCGGGAUGCGCCCAGAGCCCCUCGGCUCUCUCGGCCAGCCUUCCCUUCCAGCCUCGGCCCCGCACCGCGCUCUCAAAGGCCUCAUCAGACCUCUCUCCCCGGGUGUCGGGAACCCCGACACCCUUCCCGGACGUUGAGUAAUAGGGCUGGGGGGGGUACUGGAUAGAGGGGUUCGGGCAACUGGUUGAUUCCAGUUUCCCCUUCCCAGGUCAGGCUUUCAAAAGAACCGCUCAGGGCGGAGAGCAAGACAAAGGAGAGGCCUGGGACUUAGAGACAGUGAGAAAGUGAAGUUGGUGCCAAGGCAUAUGCAUUCUUUGUUUCUUCUUUUCUUUUUCCUUUUGAGCUCUGCUUGCAAAGGGUAGAAGAAUGGGAAAUUAUUGAGGAAGCUAUAAAAAGGAAGCUCGGAGGCUUCCUUGCUUGUGGACCACAGGAGUCAGCAGCCCUGCUGAGGGAGAAGGCCAGCUCGGGUUUGCAGGACCCAGUUAAACAUUCCUGGGUAUUAGACAG